AAAAGUUUAUUUAAUGUCAAAACUAACAAAUACACAAGCCAGAUUAACCAAGGAAAAAAGUCGGCCGCCAUCCUCAGAGCAACACCGAAUUUACUAUGCGUUGUGGUGUAAGGAGCGCGUAACUAAUAAUUUACUCAUCUCAGCCAAAAGCAGUCGACAGGUGAUAGCGAUGGGGCGUAAGCGUGGUUCCGGAACAAAGAUACCUGCCGCCAGUGGUGGAAGAACGCUGGAGCUGGCCGGAGAAUCGUCCGACAGCAGAAGCCGCAGCAGCGAUAGCGGAGGACGUUCUGCGUCUAGCACACCGGUUCAGGAAAUUCUAGUUUCCAGUGCUGCUGGCCGUGGGGGUCGUAAAAGGGGAAGGGGUGCAGGUCGUGGCGGACGUGGUCGCGGUGCACGUAGCAACACAACCACAGUACAGAGCGUUUAUUCUCCAGUGCCGCAAUCAACCGAAGAAAGCACACUGGGUGACGGUGGAGAGGAUCAGAUGGUGGAGAUGAUUGAAAUAUUGGACGAUGAAUCGAGCAAAUCGAACGAGGGAGUGGAGGUGGCACAGGAAUCCACAGUUGUCGUGCAGGAAGAGAUGAUGGAGGAGGUGCAGCUGAUGGAAACGGUUGAGGGUGAGACAAUUAUCGUGACGGAAGGAGCCGUAGUAGACGAUGGAACCGGCACAGCGGUGCUGGUCGAUGGAGAAACGGUGGUGUACAUCGAGGACGAGACGGGCGGUGGGGAAACGGAAACGGCGGACAGUGCGGCCGGUACAAGGAAAUCGAAAAGGCAGGUAAAGGCUACGAACAAAUUCCGCGACUUUGUCGUGGAUGCACUGCUGCCGAUGAAUCAGCCCAUGCGAACGUAUUCCAGUGUAAAGUCGCCGCGACGAAUACCGGCGAUAAGUGGGCUGCAGCCAGGCACCAGCAAACAGCAGCGAUCCUCCGUUGCCAUAGCGACACCGUACGAACCGACAACAGAUUUACAGCCGUCUCCAGCGUCGGCGGCUCGUGGCGGAUCGACCGGUGCCAAACGAGGUAGGAAAAAGAAAUCGGUCGUUAACACGAUCCUGGACAUUGCAACCGUUGAUCCAAGCGAUGCAACGAUUCAGCUGCCACAACCGGAGGAACGAAAUAAUACCCUCAUUUCGCUCCGGAUCGAUGGAACGGUGUUUGGUGAUGAUGAUAGCAUACAUAGCUCGAGUUCACAGGAACUGGGUGAAACGCCUGUUCCGGCUAGCAGCGGUGCUAACAAAGGGGGCAGAAAAUCACGGGCUGGGCUUGCGAGCACUGAAUCGGAAAGGCCCGCCGGUUCCACAUUCAUAAGACGAUCGUACAAAACGACUCAGAGUUCCGGUAGUAGUGUUGCGGAUGCGAAGCUGGACGAUUCUGCAGCUGAACCGGAACAACCGAGUUCGCCACAUGGCAGUAAGGAGCCAGCAGCUCCAACUAGCGGCUCCGAACCGGUAGUUGAUUAUGAGGAUGUGAUUGUGCUGCUGGCUGAUGAAAUUAUUAACGAUUCUUCGCUGGAAAGACCAGCGUCCGGCCGUGGCAGUCGAGGAGGACGUGGUGCUGGUCGGGGCGGACGCGGUGGUCGUGGUAGUCGUGGUGGUAGGGGUAACCGAGGAGGAUCACGUGGACGAGGUGCUGCAAGAAACGUUGCACCACAAGAGGUGGAACUAAGCGAAAGUAGCACACCCGAUCAGAUUAUUGAUGUCGCACCGGAUGAUACGCAGCUGCCGAAGGAAGCUACUGCAGAAGCUGUGAAUGUAGCACCGGAGCAAGGCAUUGAAGUUGAAACAGCUGUGUCGGAUGUUCCGAUGGUGGAAGAAGAAACCAUCGUACGGAGUGAUCGUACAGUCUCAACCGAGCUAAAUGAUGAAGGCGUGAAAGGAAAGGAAACGACGGAUAGAAAAUCGCCCACAAUCGAACGCGUUGAAGAAGCAACGGUCACCACGGAGGUGUGUGAGAUCGACACGUGUGUGGAGCCAGUGGUACAGGCUGUCAAUGUCGAAGUAAGUAUAGAAAAAGAGACGAGUACCGCUGAGCCCCUACCAGCAUCCGGCUCACAGGACGUUAUUCAAACGGAGAACGUUCCCCCUGUCGAACGCAUAGAAGAGCAAAAGCCUGUUGAAGAAGCGAAAAUUGAAUCUGAUCAGCCUGUUCCGCCGAAAGAAGUUACAACUGUUACAGAAGAUCACAAUAUCCCCGUGGACAUCGGCAAAACGGUUGACCGAGAGGAUCAACCCGCUAAGCAAGAAACGCACAGGAAGGAGAAGCGAGAACCGGAAACGAAGUCGAUCGAUGCGGGAAAGGUAAAGCGAAGCAAAGACCGUCUUUCAAAAGAUUCCCCAGCGGGCAAGGACAAAAAUCGGUCGGAAAAAUCGUCCCACAACGAGGAACGAUCACGCGAUCCCCGUAAAAAGGAUAAAAAACGAUCAGAGGAAGACUCCGGCAAGCGAACACAUUCGAAGGAACGCCCCGAGGAUAAGCACGACCGACGACACGGAAGCGAACGAAAGCUAAGUUUCGAUAGGCAAUCGCUGGAUAAAAGUGUGGCGGAGCGUGGUGAAUCCUUCGGAAGUGCUCCGACGAGCGAGGAGAAGACCAAAAAGAAGCAUGGAGAGAAGAAAGCCCUCGACACGACGGUGGUGGUUAUGGCUGAACCGAAGGAGAACCGGACCGGUUCUACGGAAAGCAAGAGACGUCCCUCGGUAGUUCCCCAACGUCCCGAUAAACCGAAAAAGUGUUUCGAAUCGGAGCUGAAAGCACUGGAACUGCAACCCAUAUCGCGCAAACCGGCUGACGAGUCUCGGAAACGCGCGGAGACGAAAGAGCGCGACGACUCAUCCUCGUCCUCGUCUUCCCACCGGAAGGAGCACAACAAGCAGCACAGCAGCAAGCACCGAAGUUCGUCCAAAUCAUCUUGCCCGGGUGAUACGACGCAUCGGAAGCUAGAUUUUUCCAGUGGAAGCAACAGUGGCCAAAGGUCGAGCCGGGACGAGAAGCAUCGCGCUGAAGGUGGCGAGAAGGAUCGUGGGCGAAAGAGUGCUGCCGGAGGUUUCCUGCAAGAGGAAACCAACCGCGAUCGUUCGAUGACGAAGAAAGCUAAAUCGAAGAAUAAGCGAGAUUCAUCCAAAUCGUCGAAGGGCGUUGAAAUGCUGGAAGAAAAAGGCCCAGUAUUGGUGGAUAGUCCCCCUGUGCUGCAGAGUGCGCAGAAAAAGCUUGAGGAACAAAGCGUUGGACAUGGUGCAGCGCUUGCCCAAGGUGAUCCUCAAACGGACGAUGCUCGCAAAGCGUCUCCCGAGGCACCGAAAAUCGUCACGAAAGCAUCGUUGAAGAUGUACAAAAUGGAGGAAACGGUUGCGGCACCGGUGGAGGCAGAACAACCGCCACCGGCGGCAACAAAACCAUCCGCAAUGGAAGAGCCUAAGAUGAUCGAAGUUAAACAAGAGGAGCAACAAAUCGGUCCGUUCCCCCCAAAAGAAGAACCGGACGGCUCGGAGUCGGUGUCGAUUGAAGCGAAUGUUGAGGUAGAAGGUGUGAAACACCAUGUCGAAACCAAACCAGAGGAAGUAGAGGAAGAGAUCUUCAGCGAUGGCGAUACCCUUCGCUCGGAAUCAAUGGCAGGCUUGUCGGAUAAUGAAGGUUCGUUCCUUUCGAGCGGUGGCUUACCGUCGGAGGAUGAUUCGGGCGUACGGUCCAGUGCCAGCUCGCCGUUCGAUGUGAUGUCCUGCGAUGAUACGAAUCCUGCCGACACUGCCAGCGGUCCGGUAGCACCUCCCGAAGAGGAUCGUGACGCGCUGCGCGUCGAUAAGGUGCGGCUGGUGGAAAGCUACAUAGACGAUGGUGUCAUCCGGCGCUCGACUCGCAUCAAGACGAUUAGCUCCCAGAAACAGCGCACCAGCGGGCACGGUUUGGUCCGCGACAAGGAUCGUCUGAUGAAGAAAUCGAGCAUCGGCUUCGAUCCGUACGCCGUGCCGUCGGGCGAGAUGGUGGGCUACGCGGUUGGUGGUGGAGAGCCCGGAACGCAGGGCGGACUGCUGCUGCAUCAAGGUGGAAACGGCGCGAGUUCCAGUGGCCCUGCUUGGCCCGUCAUCGCAAACGAGGGCGACAGUGCGUGCGUGGAGCUGUCGGAAGAAUAUCUGCGCGAUAUGGAAGAAAAGCUCAGCCGGUUCGAAACGAUUCGCGAAAACAUCUACCACAGCGAUCGGAUCGUGAGCAAGGAGGCGAAAAAGAUGACGUGCGACUGUUUCCUCACCUCGGAGGAGAUAGACCGGGGUGAGCAUGGCUGCGGAGAGGAUUGUCUCAAUCGCUUGCUGAUGAUUGAGUGUGGUUCGCGCUGUACCGUCGGCGAUCGGUGCACGAAUCGUCGGUUCCAGCGGCAGGAGUACGCUCACUGCCAGGUGUUCCGGACGGAGAAGAAAGGAUUCGGCAUACAGGCGAGCACGCCGAUCGCACCCGGCGAAUUCAUCAUGGAGUAUGUCGGGGAGGUGCUGAACGGGGCGCAGUUUGACGAGCGGGCGGAAGCGUACUCGCGGGAGAAGAACAAGCACUACUACUUCAUGGCACUGCGAAGCGAUGGAAUUAUCGACGCCACGACGAAGGGCAAUAUCUCGCGGUUCAUCAACCAUUCGUGCGACCCGAACUCGGAGACACAAAAGUGGACCGUGAAUGGGGAGCUGCGGAUCGGUUUCUUCAGCACGAAGUACAUACUGCCCGGGGAGGAAAUUACGUUCGAUUAUCAGUUUCAGCGGUACGGACGGAAGGCGCAAAAGUGUUACUGUGAGGCGGACACGUGCCGCGGUUGGAUCGGGGCGAAACCUACCGGAGAGGGUGCUGCUGACUCGGACUACGAAGAGGUGGAUGAAGAUGAAGAUGAGGAGGAGGAGGAGGAGGAGGAGGAGGGCGAGGAGGAGGAAGAGAGCGAGGAGGAAGGACAGGGAAGGCAGGACGCAUCGGCGAUCUCGGCGGAAACAUCGGCGGCGCAACCGGGAAAGUCUUCGAAGGCCGCACUAGCAGCAACGGCAGCAGCAGCACCAGCAGCGGCUAACGAAAGAGCGGAAGGAGCUGUUAAAGCAGCUGAUCUGGAAUCGGGUGUUGCAGCGACCUCGGCCACACCUGCCUCGCUGCCGGAGAAAACAAAGAAGACGCGCAAGCGGCGGACAACGAUGCGCAAGAAGCGUCGUCUGGAAAUUCACGAAGAUCCGGAUCUGGAUGAGGAAAUUAACAAUCUGCUGAAGACCGGGCUCAAGAACCAGGCCCACACGCUCAAACUCUCCCGGCUGAUGGUGCGUGCAAAGGACAUCAAGUCGCGCAGCCGGCUGCUAACGUUGCUGCAGAGCGGCGAACUUCCCUGCCGGCGGCUGUUCCUCGAUUAUCACGGUCUGCGGCUGCUGUACGGUUGGAUCUGUGAGUCGACGGAAUCGAUCGAAGAUCUCAAGUUCCGCAUACAGAUACUGGACACGCUGGACGGACUGCCCAUCUCCAACAAGACGAUGCUGAAGGACAGCAAAAUCCUGCACACGGUCGAAAAGUGGGCACGGGUAGAGAAAGGCAAGCAUGGUGCGGGUGUGCCAGCAGCCCCGAAGGAGGAACCUGCCCCGGUGCCGGCUGAGACGAAGCUUGACAAGGAAGCGUCGCGCACGAGCUCACCGAGUGACAACAGUAAUGGAGCGGGAAGUGAUAGUAGCAGUCAGGCGACAGCGGAGAAGCAGCAGCAGCAGCAGGCAUCGAAAAAAGACGUCCUCGGCAGUGUGGAGGUGCUGAAGAACAUGCCGGAGUUGCUGAAGCUGGCCGACUUGGGCAAAUUGAAGGAGAUUAUCAGCACGUGCGAUAAGGAGGUGGAAAACAAGGAGAAGGCGGCAGCUGCGGCCGCCGCGGCAGCUGCUGCCGCCGCUGCAUCUUCUGCGUCCGAACCGCUCGCCGCUAGUGUUCUGCUCUCGGACAUCCAGAUCCCCGAACCGGAGGAUGAAAACGCACCCGAAGAGCAACGGCUCGGCACGCAGAUCCGGAUCCUGUCCUGCAAGCUGCUCAUCAGCUGGCAGAAUCUGAAGGAAGUGUUCCGCAUCCCGAAGAAGGAGCGUAUCGAGCAGAUGAAGGAGCACGAACGGGAGGCUGACAUGCGGUACCAGGCGCUCGGGCUGGAAAGCGACGACAAGGAUGAGAAGCACCACCGGCAUCGGGGGGAUGGUCGUGGGUGGGGAGGGGACAGUCGUGGACAGUUGCGGGGCAGCGAACCGAAACGGCGCCGCUCGCUGGACGAUCGUGAUGGUCCGUAUGGGUUGGGCGGCAAGCUGAAGCGCCCCCCACCAGGCCUGUCGUCCGGUGUGGGAGUGUACGCUCCGCUCAAGCAGGACAACAUGUCCAAGCAGCAGCGGCGUAUGCUGUUCGAGAUGAAGGUCGCCCACGAGGAGGCGGAGCGGCGCAAAAAGGAGAUGUGGAUGAUGCACGAGAACGCGUGCCUACGGUUCGGGCUGAACCCGCAUCUCACCGCACCGAUGGACAUUCCGGUGCGUAUGAACCCGGCCACCGGGGAAUACUUUUCCGAGGACGAUCGCUUGCUACCGACGCCGCCCAGCCAUGCGUACAUGAAGAUUCAACCGCCACCGAUGUCGACGAAUCCGGAUGACUAUGAGCUGCCACCGAUGAAGUUGCCGCCGUACUGGCGGUUUGCGAUCGACCAGUACGGCCGCAUCUACUACUUCCACGUGAAGGAACGCGUCGCGCAGUGGGAACCGCCGAAGAAGCCGGGCCGGGCGGUGGGAGCGUUCGCGGACGAGGACGUGUCGAUCAGUUCCGAUUCGAGCACGACCGAUACGUGUGAUUCGAGCGAGGAGGAGCUGGCCGUGCAGCUGGAGCAGCUGCUGAAGAAGAAGCGGAAACAGCAGUCGAGCUUUAACUUAGACGAUGUUCUAGCGAAACCGGACGAUAUGAACGACGACAUGUCGAAGGCAUCGAUAAAGCGCGAAGCAACCGGCGAAGGAUCGCCCCAGCUGCUAACGCUCGAGGAGAUAUUCGGUGAAACAACGGCUACUACGAUCACCACCACGCCGGACGAAGCCGCACUGCAGCAGCUGCUUCCGCGGCGAAAAAAGAAGCACAGCACAAAGCUGGUGCAGGCUCGAAUCAUUAGUCCCCGCACGGAAGAGGACAAACAGUACGGCCAGAUGGAAAUGAAGCGGUACAAGGAAACGAAGGAAAAGCUGCGCAAGCGAAAGGAGGAAGCGAAACGGCUUCGUGCUCGUAGCGUCUUUUCCAAAUCGCUCACCGACAAUCCGUUCGGUGGUCCGCUGGAUAAGGCAUCGCUGGCAACCAGUGCAACCGCGGCGGAUGUGGCCGGUGGCAGCGGUAUCGGGGGUGUUGGUGGUGGUGGUGGUGGUGGUGGUGGUGGUGGCGGUGUAGGUACUGCCGGGGACGCUUCCCUGAUGGACGACGAUCUCGUCGUGUCGCACAAGAUCGUCGAGGACAAGUGCAUCGUGGACGAGCUGGAUAUACUGACCAAAAAGAAAAAGAUCUCCCCGUACGAAGAGUGGAAGAAGGUUCAGCAACGGUUGGGCAAGAAGCGCAAGUCGGCGGAAGAAUCGGGCGAGAGUGGGGCGAAUAGUGCAACGGGUGGCGGGCCUGGUCAACCCGCCGGUGGCGUACCACCGGUGCCGAGUAGCGUCGAUGGACAGAGUGCCAGUGCGGCAGCUGCGCUGUCCGCAAAGCUGGCGAAGCGCAAAAAAUCCAGCAAGGGUGACCUGAACAGUGAGGAGGCGAAGAAAAUUAAGGAAAAAUUCCGCGUGGACAUUGCGGGCGUGAUUGUGCAGCAUCUGGGCAGCUAUCGGAAGGACGCCUGCCCGCUGGGACGUAUCACCAACACGGAAGAUUUCAAGCAUCUUGCACGAAAGCUCACACAUUUCGUUAUGCUGAAGGAAUUGAAACACUGCGACAAUACCGUGCACGAGCUGGAGGUGACGGAUUCCGUCAAAACGAAGGCGCGAGAGUUCAUCAAGAAGUAUAUGGCCAAGCAUGGGCCGGUUUACGUGCGGGGUGAAAACGAGCCGGAUUAUUCGAAUGUGGCGCUUUAAUGUUAAGUGAACAGGUAAUUAUUUACUUUAGCUCGUUUAAGUUAAGCGAGCGCGUGUGUUCCGGCUAGGUCAUUACAGUUACUUUAGUUGGUUUAGCGCAGGGGUGAAAAUAUUGACCGAAUCGCGCCUUCCAUACGCACAGCACUGACUAUUUAGCGAAGGGGGGGGGGGGGGGGGGGGUCGAUUCACGGUCCCUAAGCCGUGAAACCUAGAGCUAUAUAUUUUUUCAUUUAGAACUUAGAAAAUGAUGAUCAAUCUCUGUACAUUUUCCAGUCUUAAUAACAAACGUUACACAAUAAUGAUUUUCUUCACCCAGGGUAUUUUAUAUAAAAUCAUUUGCAAUAGUAUCGUGUAAAUAGAUGUAGUGAGAAAAUUAUUUGUUUAGUACAGUUCCCGGAAAAAAUACAUGAAUGAAUAAUUGAAAUGUAAUUCAAUUGCUUAAAACAUUUA